AGAUCAAGCAUUUGGCAGUUUGAGGAAUAGGCUGCGCCGCUGGGGAGCCGUGUUUUUGUUGGGCUUCGGCUUCCGGGAUCUUCUGCAUCCGUUCCAUGACAAGCUCGUACACUCUCUUCUUACCUGCUUGAUUGAUUAACAAAUUGAUAAGACCGAAACAAGUAAUCUAUGUGGAUAUGCCACUCAUAUUCUCUGCCUGAUCAAUUAUACAUGUAAACAAAAUUCACAGCUUGAGGUAAAGCAAAAAUCAAGAGUCGGCCUUGUUUGGAUUCCCAUUUCUUCCCAAAAAAUUUUACACUUUGCGAUAAUGCAUCUUUCAAUCACUUUUUUUACCUCAUAUCAUAUCGUUACAAUAUUUUUUUAACAGAAACUCCAGAAAAUAGUAUCCAGACGGGCUAUUUGCGAUCUCAAAAGCAGCAGUCAAAAUGACUGCUGCACUGCCCCACUCACAUCGGUUGAGCUGAAGGAACUACAAUUACACAGUCAAAAUGACUGAAGCUCUAAUAGAAAGGCCGCCAGAGUUGCUCCAAAUUAACCGGUCCAUAUCCGCUGCUAGUACAGCAAUGAUACUGAAAGAUGAAGUUGCAAUCUUGCUGCUGCUGCUAGUCUUCUCAUUGAAAUUAAUGUCUUAGUAUCCACAGAAUUUUCUCAAGUACCCCACAGCUUUCUCUUCACAGACUCGACCACAAUUACCAUGGUCCCCCCAGCUCUCUAUUGGACUCUUUUCUCAUGGCAGCCGGCUGCCAACCAGGGUGAUAGACUGAUAAACCCAAGAAUCUUUUUCUAUUUUGCUAACUUCCAAGAAAUAAUUUCAAGCAGAAAUUUGUCCCUUUCCUUACCUGCCUCCAAAAGAAAUUAUAGAAAUUACUCUUUGGAGUAUGGGAGUAUAGUAUAGUUUGAAUCAGUCUAAAGACUUGACUUUUCCGACUUGGCAAGUCCACGCAGGAGUUUACAGUGACGGAGCCAUCCUCACUUCAUUUUCCAAGGACCAAUAAUUCCUCCCACCUCAUCCUGCAAAUCCUAAGCUUUAAACCGAUCAUCUCCAUCGAUGUAGGAGUAAUCUGUGUGUUUUGGGGUACCCUCUUAAUUUUGCUCCAAUGUUUACUCUUCUUGUAUACCUUUCCUUUCUCUUCAAUCUCUUGUUCAUCAUCACUUCCAGCGAUACUCCACCUUACAGCCCCACAGAUUACAUCCUGAUCAACUGCGGAUCAUCCUCAAACGCAACCUCAGCCGAUGGCCGGAACUGGUACGGCGACGCCGGCUCAAAAUUCUCCCCUAACGACAUGGCGACUAUUUCUUCAGCUGUCACAGCCACCGAGCAAGACUCUUCGGUCUCCGGAGCCCCUUAUUUAACUGCCCGUAUCAUUCGUUCUAAUUUCUCCUAUACCUUCCCUGUCUCCCCCGGAAAAAAGUUCGUCCGCCUUUACUUCUACCCGGCCUCCUACUCCAGCGACUUCAACGCAACUGAAUCUUUCUUCGCUGUCAUGGCUAAUAACUACACCCUUCUGAGCAACUUUAGCGCAUUUUUAACAGUUUCUUUCGGUGGAUCCUCAUCUGCCUCCCUUGUUAAAGAAUUCAUCAUUAAUGUUCAGGCUAUGAACCAAUUCCUCAACGUUACCUUUUCGCCCUCUCCGAAGUCCUACGCGUUCAUUAAUGGAAUUGAAGUUGUUUCAACCCCGGACGGACUCUACAUGGGCAACCAUGAUAUGUCCAGUAAUCCCCUCAAAAACGUGAAUGAUCCCAACAUUCAGUUCGAGCUUGAUCAGAACGACACUGCCUUCGAAGCUCUUUACAGGCUUAACGUCGGAGGACAAGCUGUUACUGCGUUAGAUGAUAGUGGGAUGUUCCGAGGGUGGGAUAGCGAUGACAACUUCACCUGGGGCGCAGAUGAAGGGAAUCCAUGGAGCAAUAAUAAAAUUGCUGUCAAGUACACUCCGCAAACCCCAAAUUACACUGCGCCAGCGAUAGUUUAUACUACCGCAAGGGCGAUGGGCAAGUUUAGCACCCGAUUCAACUUGAGCUGGACGUUCUCUGUUGAUUCUGGGUUUAAUUAUCUCCUGAGGUUGCAUUUUUGCGAGAUUGACCCUGAUUUGAUUACACAAGAGAACCAACGGGUGUUCAGGAUAUUCAUCAGUAACAAAACAGCUGAGGAAGAGGCUGAUAUUAUAAAUUGGACCGGCGGCCCCGGAAUCCCGGUUUUCAGAGACUACGUCGUGUUCGUUCCACACCCACCGGAUGGUCGCCCGAGCAAGCAAGGCUUGUUUCUUGCUCUGUACCCAAAUCUCGACGUCAAGCCGAAGUAUGCUGAUGCAAUCUUGAAUGGUUUAGAAUUGUUCAAAUUGAGCAACAGCGGCAGUCUUGCCGGGACCAAUCCUGAUCAGGCGGCGGAUCCCAAUUCCCCGAUGCCAAACAGCAAGUCACCGAAAAAGGGGAGAGGUGUAAAAUCUCCGGUACUUUUUCCUAUCGUGGGAGGGGUGGUCGGAGGGUCUGCCUUGGUUUUCAUCAUCGGUUUCUUGAUUUCCCGGCGGCUAAGGAGACGGGUAAAAGAUUUUGACCAGAAAAGUGCUUCAAAGUCAUCCGGGGUCCAACUUUCAACCAGGUCCAGGUCAUCAAAGACAACAAGUGCAUCGAGGUCUUCGUCACUGCCGCUAGAUCUUUGCCGAAGAUUUUCCCUGGAGGAGAUCAUCUUUGCUACGGCCAACUUCGAUGCUAAGUUUGUGAUCGGAACCGGAGGAUUCGGAAACGUGUACAAAGGGUACAUUGACAAUAGUCUAAUCACAGUUGCUAUUAAGCGAUUAAAUCCUUCGUCAAGUCAAGGGGUCCGCGAAUUUCGAACCGAGAUCGAGAUGCUGUCGAAUCUAAGGCAUCUUCAUCUGGUAUCCCUGAUAGGUUACUGUGACGAGAAGGGAGAGAUGAUCUUGGUUUAUGAUUACAUGGCCAAUGGCACCCUUCGCGACCACCUCUACAAAACAGAUAAUCCACCCCUCCCUUGGAAGCAACGGCUUCAGAUUUGCAUCGGCGUAGCCAGAGGGUUGCAUUAUCUCCACACCGGCGCCAAGCACAACAUCAUCCACCGGGACGUCAAGUCAACCAACAUAUUGCUGGACGAGAAAUGGGUGGCUAAGGUUUCGGAUUUCGGUCUGUCCAAGCUAGGCCCCAGCGGUGGAAUCCACAGCCAUGUCAGCACGCAGGUGAAGGGGAGUUUCGGCUACGUAGAUCCCGAGUAUUACAAGAGACAGCAGUUGACGGAGAAGUCGGACGUGUACUCGUUCGGGGUGGUUUUGCUCGAAGUGCUGUGUGGGCGGGGAGCCAUUAUUCCCAACUUGCCCAAGGAGCAGGUGAAUUUGGCGGGGUGGGGCAAGAGGUAUUACGCAAAAGGGAUCAUCCACCAAACUGUAGACCCUCACAUGAAGGGCGAGAUUGCUCCUGAGUGUUUGAGGAGCUUUGCUGAAACGGCGAUCAACUGUUUGAAAGAUCAGGGGAUUGAACGACCCGGAAUGAAUGAUGUAGUCUGGAGCCUCGAAUUCGCGUUGCAGCUUCAGGAGGCGGCUGAAAAUGAGAGAGGCUAAUUGAUUAGAAUAUAGGUGUAAAAAAGAAAAGUCAGAUACUUGCGGAUCUCACAGAGCCCAUGUAUAAAAUUAUGGGUACCGGGCUGUUGAUAGAGCCCAUGUAUAAAACUAUGGGUACUGGACUGAGACAGCCCGACACCCGACAGAAACCCUUUUUUUUUUUUAACAUGUCAGUGUCAGCCUGGCACCUAACACAUUUUUUUUGAAAAAAGAUGUCAAGUGCCGGGCUACACCUGACAUCCAAUUGAGUGAAUUGCAAUUCAUCCAAUUGAGUCAAUUGCAAUUCACUUUAUUUGUUAAGCUAGUUGAUAAAUGCAAUUCACUUUAAUUA